UCAGUACUGCCCUUGACUUACACAUGUGAGCUCCUUAGCUUCUCUUAUAGUGAUGUUGAGCCGCUAGCUAAACAAGCUAACAGCCUCAAACGCGUCGGAUAUCUACUUAUUUGGUAAAAAAGCUGCCUAUUAGUCAUUAGUAGUAUUGUUUCUUUCAGCUCAAAAUGUCUUGUAAAUCGCUAGCACAUUUACUGCGGCGCUGUGUAGCAGUGAGACAGCUAACGCUACCGGCAGCCACUCAAGCCAGAGGCAGCGGCUUGUUUUCGGGCUGGCUCGUUCAACACAGGCCGAGGACUUCGUGGACGCUCCAGGCCGCAGUGACAAGCAGCCAGCACCGCUUCCUCUGCAGCAAGGGAGCCUCUUGUGAAGAUGAAUACCCACCGCUGCCGGCCUAUGAGACCCAUUCAGAGUCCAAGGACGUGUACCUGGUGCAGCUGAAAGGUCUCCCCUGGUCGUGCACGUGUGAGAAUAUCCUGCAGUUCUUCUCAGAUUGUAGGAUUAAUGGCGGAGAGAAGGGGAUCCACCUGGAAUUGGACAGGCACGGCAGAGCUUCAGGACGAGCCUUCAUCGAGUUGGAGCACGAGGAGGACGUCUGCAAAGCUCUGGAGAAGCACCGGCAUUACCUGGGCCCGAGAUACAUCGAAGUGUACGAAGUGACGAACACCGAUGCCGAAGCCGUCCUGAAGGAGGUCAUCCAAAAGCAAGCUAACCCGCCUCCAGCAGAUGACGGGGUGGUGAGGAUCAGAGGGCUCCCUUACAGCUGCACCAAGGAAGACAUCGCUGACUUCUUUUCGGGUUUAAAUAUAGCGGAGAACGGGAUCACCAUCGUCACAGACUUCAAAGGAAGAAAUUCGGGGAAUGCCUUCGUCCAGUUUGCCUCUCAGGAAGAUGCUGAUAAAGCUCUGCUGAAGGACAGGGAGAACAUGGGAAACAGAUACAUCGAGGUGUUUCCCAGCAGAAGAGACGAUAUUCAUUCUACUUGGAAGAGGAAGAUGAGUCCAGAUCCUUCUCAGAGCGGAUUUGUUUCUUCCCCACAGGCCGGUCACAGAAAUGUUCUCCCUCAGAGAUUGUCCAUGAACCAUUACGUCCAUAUGAGAGGACUUCCUUACCAGGUUACUGCAGAUGAGAUUGUGAUGUUCUUCUCUCCCUUAUCCUUGUCUAAGAUUGUGUUCAAUUUCAACAAUCACGGGAGGCUGAACGGAGAGGCAGACGUUUACUUCCACUCUAACCAGGAUGCCAUAGCUGCCAUGUCCAGAGACAAAAUGAACAUAGGUCAAAGAUACAUCGAGUUAUUCCUGAACUCCCCUCGAGACUCUGAUGAAAGGUGAAAACAACCAAAUCGGAUGCAGAGGAUUGUACGACUGUAAGAUCAGUGAAUUUACAUCGAGUUAUAAGAAGACUAAAUUCUGCUAAAAGACGGUUUAGUUAGAGUCUUGAAUCAUUAUCAUCAGUGAACUACAUAAGUUGUAAUUACACCAAAGCAGCUGGGAAUUUUGUGCUUUUAAAGAACAAAGAAUAACACUGCGUUUUGUGUGCUGCUUUUAGUUUGUGGAGACAGAAAAGUCUGAAUUGCACACACUUUUUUUUUUUCUCCUCUGCAGGUGAAGGCUAAUGCACAGAUGGGAUAUUUAUUUUACAUCUUGAUGUGGACAAAUAAUCAAACCAUUAAAGAAAUAAACAUUCCUGGUGUCAAAAGAGAAA